AUGAUUCAACCAGGUGCUCAGCAGCCAACUGUUGAAGAAUCAGAGAAAAAAGUUAUUAAAACAUUAGAGGAAGAUGAUGAAUUUGAAGAUUUCCCAGAAGAUACUAAAUGGACAAAUGAGUCUAAUCCCCAACUUUCGUCAGCCAAUUUAUGGGAAGAAGAUUGGGAUGAUGAUGAUAAUCAAGAUGAUUUCUCUAAGAAGUUGAGAGAUGAAUUAAAGAAAUCACAAAAAUUAUCUAAUUGAAAAAUAGCUUUCAAAAUAGUGUAUAUUAGUAUUACAAAAG